UGUCUGUAAUAUUUAACAAUCUUAAGACACCAUGGAUCUAGAUGAAAAUGGAACGUAUGGCAAUUUUACGGAGGUCGUGCAGGAUCCAGUCAAGGAGAAUUUAAAACAAGCCAUCCAGUGGCUUUUGCCGAUUAUCUUGGUGCUCAUUAUGUUAGGGAUGGGGUGCGAUAUUGAGUGGAAGGUACUGAAGGUGCACAUCAAGCGUCCGAUCGGUCCAGUUAUUGGCGCUGCCUGUCAGUUCAUCGUGAUGCCUCUCCUGGCCUUCAGCCUGGCACACGCCCUACAACUCUCUGCGGACCGUGCCUUAGGGUUGUUAAUCCUUGGCUGUUGUCCGGGUGGAACGGUGUCCAAUAUGUUUACCUACUGGAAUGACGGGGACGUUCCUCUCAGUGUUUUCAUGACAACCUGUUCCACCAUCCUCGCCUUUGGCAUGAUGCCCUUGAAUCUGUUUAUAUACAGUCGAAGUUGGACGGACGACGUAGUUGUGCCGUUCCUGAAAAUCUUCAUCACUCUCCUUACGGUUGUCAUACCAGCUGGAAUCGGCGUGCUUAUCAGGUGGAAACUUCCGAAAAUUGCCAAAAGGCUUGUGCAGGUAGCCAGUGGAUGCGGCAUGGUAAGCAUACUCAUUGUCAUCGUUUGCCAAAUCAUCCUUUACCCACACAUAUUCACGUCAGAAUGGAAGAUCUGGAUAGCCGCUGUGCUUUUGCCAUUCGUUGGAAUUAUCCUGGGGUAUGCGUUUUCGGCCGCCGCUUGCCAGACUGCCAAAUGUUGCCGAACCAUUGCGUUUGAGACAGGGAGUCAGAACGUGGCAAUAGCCCUCACUCUGAUUGCGAUAUCAUUUUCUCCGGAUAGAGGAGCGUAUAUUAUUUCAAUUCCUGUUCUGUCAAUCGUCACAAUGGUGGUUAACCCAUCUGUAAUAACAGUUAUUUAUAAAAUUUUCAUGUGCUGGAAAAUACAAAAGGCCAAUAGGAUAGAAAUAGAAGAAUCAGAGCCUAAAGCAAUAUCAAUAAUUAAAUUCAAUAUUAAUGGUAAUUACAACACCAGUUACCAAUAAUUUUUACAUAUAAAAGAAUAUCUGCAAGUUCUGUAAUUUAUAUUUGUAUAACUACACUUUCUCAUAUACUUAUUUAGAAUGUAGAAGGAAUGGGUCGGGUUCUAUAUUUAUAAAUAUGCAAACAACUUAAGCAUUUCAA